UUUAUGUCUUACAUGUAGACUCUAAUCGCCGGCUGCCAAAGCUCAGUGGUGGAGACUGCUCAAACUGAAGUAAGAAAAUGGUCCUAACAGAAAAAACUGGUGGCGGCAGUUGGAGGGAGAUGAAGAGCUUCUUCUUGGCUGUACUUUCCAGCAGAUUGUUCAUGGCUUUUGCUACAAUAAUUAUUAUGUCUGCCAAUGGCUCGGGAUACAUGUUUGGUCUAUAUUCCAAUGACAUUAAAACAACAUUGGGGUAUGAUCAAACAACCCUCAAUUUGUUAAGUUUCUUCAAGGACUUGGGUGGUAAUCGUGGAAUCCUGUCAGGGCUCAUCUAUGAAGUUGUGCCACCAUGGGUGGUUCUUUCCAUGGGUUCAGUAUUGAAUUUCUUUGGCUAUUUCAUGAUAUGGCUAUCAGUCACAAGCCGCACAGCCAAGCCCCAAGUAUGGCAGAUGUGUUUAUAUAUGUGGAUAGCUGCGAAUUCACAAUCAUUUCCGAACACAGGUGCACUGGUCACAUGUGUUAAGAACUUUCCUGGAAGCAGAGGCUGUGUCUUGGGCCUCCUGAAGGGGUUUAUUGGUUUAAGUGGUGCAAUCAUGACUCAGUACUACCAUGCAUUUUAUAGGGAUGAUUCAAAGGCUCUAAUCUUGCUGCUUGCUUGGCUUCCAACCAUUGUUCCCUUGAUUUUUCUUCGAACAAUUCGGAUUAUGAAAGUCAUUCGGAUGGUGAGAGAGCUCAAAAUUUUCCACAGAUUCCUCUACAUUGCUCUUGGACUUGCUGGAUUUAUCAUGGUCAUGAUUAUCUUGCAAAACAGACUCAGCUUUAACAGAACUGAGUAUAUUGGAAGUGCUUCUGUUGUUCUUAUUUUACUACUUCUCCCACUUGUUAUUGUAAUUAAAGAGGAUUUUAAUGUUUCGACGAGCAAAACACAAGCUUCGAAUACUCAUUCCCAAUUGAAUGUUGUGAUUGAAAAUCCUCCUGCAGUUCCAGCAAAGCCAGCAGAAGCAACAAAGGAGGCGUUUAAUUGUAUUAAAAAGAUGUUCAAGCCACCCGACAGAGGGGAGCACUACACCAUUCUCCAAGCAAUUUUCAGCAUUGACAUGCUAAUUCUCUUUAUUGCAACAGCUUGUGGCACCGGUGGAGCAUUAACAGUUAUUGACAAUCUGGGUCAACUUGGUAAAUCAUUGGGCUAUCCGACUCAUAGCAUAUCUGCAUUUUUAUCACUAGUGAGCAUAUGGAAUUUCCUUGGACGGGUCCUGGCAGGUUAUUUAUCUGAAAUUGUCCUGACAAAGUACAACUUCCCCCGUCCCCUGAUGCUCACUUUCGUGAUUCUUUUGUCUUGUGUUGGCCAUCUUUUGAUUGCCUUUGCAGUUCCCAAUUCUCUUUAUUUUGCUUCAGUGAUGACAGGAUUUUGCCUAGGAGCCCAAUUGCCCCUACUGUGUGCCAUUAUAUCUGAACUAUUUGGUCUUAAACACUACUCCACAAUGUACAAUGUUGGGUCAGUUUCUAGCCCAGUCGGAUCGUACAUUUUCAAUGUGAGAGUGGCUGGUCAUUUGUAUGAUAAGGAAGCUGUGAAGCAAACGGAAGCUCUAGGACGUACUAGGAAACCUGGACAGGACUUGAGCUGCAGUGGGGCAAAAUGUUACAGAUUGGCUUUUCUAAUCAUCACUGCUGCUACCUUGUUCGGGAGUAUUGUUUCAUUGAUUUUGGUGUUUCGGACAAGAACAUUUUACAAAGGUGAUAUCUUCAAGAAGUUCAAAGAGGAAGUGGUGGAGUCCCAAGCAGGUGUGGCUCCAACAGGAAAUGGUGGUCUUUCAUUAAGGGAAAUGGAAGACAAUGCUAUUGUCACCGUCCCAGAAAAAACAGCCCUUUCUGAUGGGUAAUAAAG